UGUUUGAGCUCUGCGGGUGGUCAGCUUCUGCUAAUCCGAAAGGAUGGAGACGACGAUGGCCGCGGUCGCGAGGACGGCGGCGCCGCUCGCCGGGGACGGCCGCCGUCCCUCCGGCUCGGCGCGGCCGUCGGCGUCCCUCUCCUUCGCCGACGCCGCCACGAGGUCCCGUGGCCGGCUCGGGGUGGGGCUGAGCCUGAGCGCGCGGAGCGGGAGGGCGGCCGGGGCGCGCCGCGCCGUCCCGCGCGGCAUCGUCGCAUCCGCGGAGGUUGAGCAAACCUACAUUAUGAUAAAACCUGAUGGAGUUCAGCGUGGCCUGGUUGGGGAGAUCAUUUCUCGCUUUGAGAAGAAAGGCUUUUUGUUGAAGGGGUUGAAGCUUUAUCAGUGCUCCAAGGACUUGGCUCAGGAACAUUACAAGGAUUUGAAGGACAAACCAUUCUUUCCCAGAGUGGUUGAUUACAUAACUUCUGGCCCUGUUGUUUGCAUGGCCUGGGAGGGUGAUGGUGUUGUUGCAUCAGCUCGCAAAUUAAUCGGAGCUACUAAUCCCCUUCAAGCUGAACCAGGAACCAUAAGGGGUGAUCUUGCAGUUCGAACAGGAAGGAAUGUUGUCCAUGGAAGUGACAGUCCUGAUAACGGCAAACGUGAAAUCGCGCUGUGGUUCAAAGAAGGUGAGCUCAGCCAGUGGGAAUCAGUUCAAAUACCUUGGCUUAUAGAGUAAUCUCAACCAAUUGCUGUGAGAUCUGUAUUGAAUUUGCGCUUGUUCAACUUUACUCAUGGGGCCAUGUAUGAGUGUGCGAGUUCAGUUCGGCUUAGUAAAAUAGCUCACCAGGUCCACUUUUCCAGUAUCAAUUUACCUUUACCGGGAUGCUCAUUUUGUAAGAUUGAGCAUCUGUGCAACAGAAAACAUUUCUUCAGUGUUCUGGAGAGAUUUCUCCUGAUAUUUGCAUGUAAGGCCUUGAACUAAAUACAGGCAACAAAGUUUCAAGAAACCAUUUGUUUGGCACCGGUUGUAUUUCGGAUGCUGUGAGUA